AUGGAAUUAAACAAGCGGCGCGCAAUUUCGAAACGAGGAUCCUCGCGAUAUGAUCAACGGGUGCUCGCGUCAAAUGCCGAUCCAAGACGCCGCACAUUCGGACAGAACACCGAUCUCGCCGUCCGCCUUCUUUGUGACCUCCCACGAGAACUUCGAAAUCGCGUAUACAUGUUUAGCGUGCAAGGAGCCUACGAUGACGAGGUUUUUGUUCGCCGCCCACUCGAUGCAAACGGCAUGAACGUGCUUUUGGUCCGGCAGCAGACCAGUCAAUGCUCCUACCGAUGGAUAGAAGAUCCCAUCCACGCGACCUUGACCAACCCAGCUUUGGAGCCAGAAACGGCCAAAGAAAUGCUUGAGGCGUAUUACUGGACGCGAACUUUCAAAUGCUCUCAUCGCGACUUGCCUUUCCUGGGCUCAUUUCUGAACACGGACCGGUAUGGACUUGGCAUGGCGCCCUCCGCUUACAUCCGCCGCCUGCAGGUGCAAGUGCAAGUGGAGUGCGUACCACACGCGCAAUCGUCGGAGGCGCAAAUAUCCACAAGAAAGACGCAGUUGUGCGCCAUCCAAGCUCUCAGUGAGGUCCUUACUGCACGCACCGAAGUUGACAUCGAUGUGGUUUUGCCUGGAGACCUCCAAUAUGGGUGUGACGGUUCCGAAACGCGAUGUCAUCUUGCAGAGGAUAUGUCGGAUAUUGUCGAGAUGGUUGGAUGUUUGAGAAAAGGCGGGGUCCGCACAACUGUGACGCACAAUGAGCUGUGUGGCCACUGGGGAUACGAUACGGACAACUUGAACUCUUUAGAUAUGCACUGGACAGGGUUCAAAGUUCUAUGA